AUGCUCAAAACUGUGGUUUACAAGAGAUAGAAAAACGUGCGCAGAGGAUGAUGAGAGCUCAUGAAAUAAGAAUCCUUUUCACGACGCGGGAUCCAUCAGAUGAUGCAACUGAUGAUUCUUCAGAAUUUGAUGGUUACGGUGAUGAAGAUGACGACGAUUUCAUGCAACAAAAGAUAAUGGGAGGUGAACGAGUUGAAAAAGGUGAAAUUCCAUGGGCAGUACUGCUUAUUUUUCCUGGAAAUUUAUGCGGUGGAACAUUGAUUUCACGAAGACAUAUUCUGACAGCGGCUCACUGUUUUACUAAGGAAGGAAGGGGAUUUGGCAACUGCAGUGUCUCAAACAUGCUGCCCAUGGACUCUGUCAAGAAAAUUGGUGUCUUCGUUGGGGGAACUUGUAUUCGAGCUGGCACAUCCAACUGUACCAGCGGAGACACAGGAGAAAGGCACAAAAUUGCACGAGCGUACUACAAGGGAUAUUUUGAACGCGGUUGCAAGGGUACCCAUGAUAUAGCAGUUCUUGAGUUGUCUGAGGAUGUGUCAGCCGCUAUAAACCACAUAUGCCUUCCUUUUAUGGAUCAAGUCAUGGAAAUUGAAGACCCUUAUUUGAAACUGAAAUCAUUUGGAUGGGGUUUAGAUCCUCUAAACUUUCCGCAAACACUGCUUCCUAUGCACUUGCAAAAAUUGGACUCAGGUUCGAUGAUGAGUGAAAAAAAGUGCAGCAGAUUGAAAAUUUUCGAGGCAAAGGACACUUUUUGCACUAACCAAAGCAAGGACAAGCAUAUUUGCAUUGGUGACAGCGGAGGUGGUGUGACUGCAAAAAUUGAAGGAAGAUAUUACUUAAUUGGAAUACAUUCGUAUGGAACAGAUUGUGGGAAAGUGUUGGAAGCAAAGCUACCAGCAGUGCAGAUAAAUACGGAUGUCAGCUACUACAAAACUUUAAUCAAGUCAUGGAUUCAACUCUAAGGCACA